AUGGAUGAUCAAACACAGAAAGAUGUUGUUUUAAAUGACAAAAUUGGACAUUAUUUUGGUGAUCUAAAUAUGACUAAUUUGACGGAUCAACAAUUUCUCGAUGAAUGGGGAAGAAUUUUAAUAAAUCCUGAACAACCAAUGAAAAGGAGGUUUAUGGCUUUGAUGCAGUUACGUUCAGCACCAUGUAAUCGUUCCGCCAAUUGGAUUGUUCGUGCAUUUCUAGAUGAUUCUGCACUUCUUAAACAUGAACUUGCUUUUUGUUUAGGACAAAUGAGAGCAAAAGUUGCCAUACCAACUUUAUUUGAUAUUUUAAAGAAGAAAGAUGAAGAUCCAAUGGUUCGUCAUGAAGCAGCAGAAGCUUUAGGUGCUAUGGGUGAUCCUACUGUUAUAAAUGAAUUAAAACCAUUUCUGGAAGAUUCAAAUAGAGAAGUUCGCGAGACAGUAGAAUUAGCUAUUGAACGAUUAAAAUUUUUUGAAGAUAAGCCUAAAGGUUUUAUUGAUGGUAAUGAUAAAUUUUACAAUACUGUUGAUCCUGCACCUCCAAUGGAAAAUAAUAAUGUAGAUGAAUUAGAAAAAAUUCUUACAGAUCCAAAUGAAAAACUUUUUAAUAGAUAUAGAGCUUUAUUUGCAUUAAGAAAUUUAAGUACAGAUGAAUCAAUUAUGGCUAUUUCACGGGCACUUGAAUGUGAAGGUGCUUUAUUAAAACAUGAGAUAGCAUAUGUUCUUGGACAAAUUCAAUCACCAUUAGCUGUUGAAGAAUUGACAAAAAAAUUGAAAAAUGAGGAUGAAUUACCCAUGGUUAGACAUGAAGCUGCAGAAGCUUUAGGUUCUAUUGGAACUAAAAAGUGUGAAGAAAUUUUGACAGAACAUAUAAAAGAUAGUGAAAGAGUUGUUAGAGAAAGUGUUGAAGUUGCAAUGUCAAUUGUAGAUUAUAACCAGAAUGGUGAACCAAUUUUUGAAUUUGUAAAAGAGUAA